AUCAACCCCCUCACGGCAUCAACAGACCGACAGUUGACUUACAAAUUCCUUCGUGCAACCCCAGCCAUCAUGGAAUCUACUCCUAACCCCCAAACAUCGUCCCAAAACACCUCAAACAUCAAUGCCCUUGCCAAUCUUAUCCAGACCGGGCAAGCCAAAAACAUCAUCGUCAUCGCUGGCGCCGGCAUCUCCACGGCCGCAGGGAUCCCAGACUUCCGAACCCCAACAACAGGCCUCUACGACAAGCUCGCGCCUCUCAAACUCCCAUACCCCGAAGCCGUCUUCCAACUCAGCUACUUCAAACACACACCGGAGCCUUUCUACGCGAUCGCGCGCGCCCGACAUCCGCGCAAUCUGAAACCGACCAUCUCCCACGCUUUUUUGGCACUUCUCGCCAAGAAAGAUCUGCUGGAGUUCGUGUUCUGUCAGAACAUCGACAGUUUGGAGCUCGAUGCGGGCGUCCCCAAAGAAAAAGCUCUCUCUGUGCAUGGGAACUGGAAAUCGCAGCGUUGCAAUGUCUGUCGGAAGCCGUACCCCGGGGAUCUGAUGAGAGAGGCCAUCCAGAAAGGGGAGGUCCCGUACUGUUUGCACUCUGGGUGUGGAGGCGCCGUGAAGCCGGACGUUGUGUUCUUUGGAGAGUCGCUCCCGGCAGCGUUUGAUGAAGAAGUCAAGCGUCUUCCGAAGGCGGAUUUGGUUCUCGUCAUGGGGACCAGUUUGAAAGUUUAUCCGGUGGCUGGUUUGCCGAGGCAGGUUGACGAAGACGUGCCUCGCGUCUUGAUCAAUAAUGAGAAGGCGGGCGAUAUUGGGUAUCGGCCGUCUGAUAUGUGUAUUCUGGGGUCAUGCGAUGAGACUAUUUCGGAUUUGGCCGAUGCGUUGGGGUGGAGGGAGGAGUUGGAGUGUCUUUGGCAGGAAGCCAUUGCUAGGAAGGGGGAAGAGGAGCCGUACGAUGGACCUGAGCUCGAUGAGUUGAUCCAGAGACUGGCAGAGAAAUCCAAGGAUAGUAUGGUCUCCGAGGGUCAUAAGGGUAUGCUGGAGAAGCAUUUGGCAUCCAAGUUUGCUGGCGUUCUACGUGAAAAGUCGAUCGUGGGAUGAAUAUCCAAUGGUGCAUUCUUCAUUCAUGUCUCCAGGCGUUCUCUUGGCAAUGAUUGUCUUCUUGAUGUUUUCGAUGCUCUGUACUACUUGAUAUCUUCAGUAGGCUACAUAGGCGUGAAUAGAUGAAAACUCGAGAUGUCUAGCAUUGAAAAGGGGCGCCCAGCCACGUGCCGCCUGAAUCGCCGCCAGAUCCUCCAGGCUGCGAGGCGGCCAGGCAUCCGCUGUUGGGGUGGGGCCCCAGGCAACAGUCACGUGGUGGAUCGGUGCCUGGGUUGCUGGCCUGGCCGUCAGCCAAUCAGGGUGUCUGGGGGCCUGGAGUAUAAGGCCGCCGUCGGGACGGGUCCUGCCUCGUAUUCCGGACCCCAACGCUGUCUAUUGCCUCACCCUCUUCCUUUAAAGGAUGGCC